CGGCUUUCCGUCUUUCUCCUGACACGUAGCAACCACAGUGGAGUUGGCAGGGCUCAACUAAGUGUUGUCCAGCUGACAUCACAGCAGAGUAAGAAUGUCGGGAUUUGAUAACUUCAACACUGACUUCUACCAGUCGAGCUACAGCGUAGAUGACCAAAACCAGGGCGGAUAUGGCUACAGCAACUCUGAAAACCCUUACAACAAGCCGUAUGGUCAGUAUGAUUAUUCGCAGCCGAUGGGCUACCCAUCCCCAGGAAUGAUGCAACCCCAGCAGCCGUAUACAGGACAGAUCUUCCAGCCCACACAGACCUACACCCCAAAUGCAUCACAGUCCAUGUACAGUAACAGCUUUGAUGAUGAGCCGCCACUGUUAGAAGAAUUAGGGAUCAAUUUUGACCAUAUCUGGCAGAAGACUCUCACAGUUCUCCAUCCAUUGAAAGUAGCAGAUGGGAGCAUCAUGAAUGAGACAGACCUGGCUGGUCCGAUGGUCUUUUGUUUGGCCUUUGGGGCAACUCUUCUCCUGUCCGGUAAGAUUCAGUUUGGUUACGUGUACGGCAUCAGUGCGAUCGGUUGCCUCGCUAUGUACUGCCUCCUCAACCUCAUGAGUAUGACGGGCGUGUCCUUCGGCUGCGUGGCCAGUGUGUUGGGAUACUGCCUCCUUCCUAUGAUCAUCCUCUCCAGCUUUGGAGUUGUUUUGUCAUUACAGGGCAUGAUGGGGAUUAUACUAACAACAACAAUUAUCGGCUGGUGCAGUUUCUCUGCCUCAAAGAUCUUCAUAUCAGCGUUGGCUAUGGAUGGGCAGCAGUCAUUGGUUGCUUAUCCAUGUGCUUUGCUAUACGGGGUCUUUGCACUCAUCUCUGUCUUCUAAAAAAAUCUUUGCACAACAGUUUAAAAUAACUGCUCCCCACUUUCUGUAUUUUCAGUCUAAUUAGCAUCAAUGUAAUUAGUGUAAUUAUUGGCUAAUUACACAGUUGCUACAGAAAAAUUGGAGCCUCCUUGUCUAAAUGGCAUCUAGGAUUUUCUUCUUUGUAAAAGCCGCCUCCUCUCGCCACAUUCCGACCUGAAGCCAUGAAGGCUCAAGUGAUUCGUAUCAUCUAGGAAUCCACUGCAGCUUGUUCCCUUCAUGCAUCUUAAAGAAGAGGACUGUUAAAUAAAUCUGAUAGAAAAACAACCUUCUCUGGACCAUUUUUGACCCUUAUAUGGCAUCAUACAGCCCAAUGAUUUUUUUUUUUCUAUUUGAGGAAAAAAAGUUUAUUUCAGGCAAACACCCACAGGAUCUAAAACAGCAACUCUAAGGGAAGCAAUCAACUUCCUGUCUGCAUUGGUCCACAGCUGUUUAUGCUGCUUUUCCUCAGUGAAUGUUUUAUUGCUCAAACCUUUUUAAUCCAUGGAGCCAUGGUCUUCUUCAUCAGAAAGAUAUCAGCUAUGCUGCAUCUUCUGACCUAUUUUAUUUGAUCUUAAGAUAUUCGUUUGAGCGUCAUUGCAUUCAGAAAAACACAACCACAGUUGCACAGGGGUGUUGUUGUAACAAGUAAAAAUAAAUGGAUUAACUAUUGGGAAUAAGUAGUCUGGAUGAAACUCUCCUUUGUCCCGACAUACUUGUUUCUAUCUACAGUUCUUUUCUAAUUUUAGAGACUCUUCUCUUUGUAUGCUUUGUGUUUUCUGUACAUGUUUGCUCAUCCACAUUAAAGUUGGUUUUGAAAGUUUUUGUGAUUACAUAAUGCUUUAUAUGAUCAUCAUUCUUGUGGAAGUUGCACAUAUUACAGAAUAAUGAGAGGAUAAACGGAUUGAAGAUGCAGACCUUUUUGUUUUAUGACGGAAGACAUUUUCAACCACCUUUUGUAAAAAGCGUCUUACUCGAUCAAAAUAAAUCAUUUACAAGCUUUGUCCACA